CCUUGCGUCUGUCAGCUGCGGUCACGGGACUGUGUUUAAUCUUCCUCGCCAAGUAACCGAGAAUUGGUAGUAAUCAGGGGUAUGGUGUAUCCCCUAUGAGUUCUUCAGAGGCGGAGGAGAAGGAGGAGGAACAGCAGCAGCCUAUAGCUGUAGUCCCUCCACCACCAGCAGCUCGGGUCCCGCUUCACAACAUGGCUAAUGUGUCCAAAAAGGUGUCCUGGUCUUCCCAUGACCGGAUAGAGGAGGAGGAUGACUUCCCCGUUGGGGAGAGCACCCCCUUAUUGAAUGGCACUAGUGGCCACCCCUCACGGCAGUUCUCAAAUUCUGCCCUUUUCCGUAUUGGAAGACUGAGUACGGUGGAUCUUGGUGACGACAGGCCAUAUAAUAUGGAAAGAGAAAUGGAAGUACCGGUUUUAACAGAGAUCCCUCAUAAUGAAAAACUUCUUUCCCUUAAAUAUGAGAGCCUGGACUAUGACAAUUGUGAAAAUCAACUGUUCAUGGAUGAGGAGAAAAGGAUGAGUCACUUGGGCUUUCAGUGUUUGGAAGUAAAGCGUUGGGUGGUCUGCGGUAUGAUUGGAAUUUUAACUGGCCUGGUUGCAUGCUUCAUAAACAUCAUGGUGGAGCUAAUAGCCGGGGAGAAAUACAAAGUUCUGAAACGGGAUAUUGACACUCACUCAGUGCAAGGAGGCCUAUGCCUUUCACUCCUCCUUUGGGCAGCACUAAAUGCUUGCUUUGUGUUGAUUGGCUCCUCGAUCGUUGCUUUUGUUGAGCCAGUAGCUGCUGGUAGUGGAAUUCCACAGAUUAAAUGUUAUCUUAACGGAGUGAAGAUUCCUCAUGUGGUCCGUCUCAAGACACUAUUGGUCAAAGUUUUAGGUGUGAUCUUGUCUGUAGUUGGAGGACUUGCAGUUGGAAAGGAAGGGCCUAUGAUUCACUCAGGAGCUGUCAUUGCAGCUGGAAUUUCACAAGGCAGGUCAACGUCACUAAAGAAGGAUUUUAAGAUGUUUGAGUACUUCCGCAGAGACACUGAGAAGAGGGACUUUGUCUCGGCUGGUGCUGCUGCGGGAGUUUCGGCUGCCUUUGGUGCCCCUGUUGGUGGAGUUCUUUUCAGUUUAGAAGAAGGGGCCUCUUUUUGGAACCAGUUGCUGACAUGGAGAAUUUUUUUUGCCUCCAUGAUUUCCACAUUUGCAUUGAAUUUUGGAAUGAGUGUUUACAAAAACAAAACUGGAGAUUUGUCUAGCCCAGGUCUUAUCAACUUUGGAAAGUUUGAAAGCAAGGAGGGAUUGCUGUACAACUAUUUUGAGAUUCCAAUCUUCAUUCUUAUGGGAGCAGUUGGUGGUGUACUGGGUGCACUUUUCAAUGCUCUGAACUACUGGCUAACAAUUUUCAGGAUCAGGUACAUAUAUAAUCGUUUUCAGCAAGUUAUAGAAGCCAUAUUGGUGACAAUAGUGACUGCAAGUGUGUCAUUUGUAAUGAUCUACUUUAUACAGGACUGCCAGCCAUUGUCAGAAGAUGUUGACCAUCCUCUUCAGUUGUUUUGCGGUGAUGGUGAAUACAACUCGGCAGCCACUGCAUUCUUCAACACCCCUGAAAGGAGUGUUCAGAGUUUGUUCCAUGAUCCUCCAGGUUCCUACAAUCCCCUGACACUGGGGCUGUUCACUCUCUGCUAUUUCUUACUUGCUUGCUGGACAUAUGGUUUAACUGUGUCUGCAGGGGUAUUCAUUCCAUCUCUCCUGAUUGGUGCUGCCUGGGGCAGACUCACUGGCAUUUUCCUUGGAAAAAUUCCAGGUGUAACCUGGGCUGACCCUGGCAAGUACGCUCUGAUGGGAGCUGCUGCACAGCUGGGAGGGAUAGUACGAAUGACACUAAGCCUUACAGUCAUUAUGGUGGAGGCCACUGGUAAUGUCACGUAUGGUCUUCCCAUCAUGCUCGUUUUGAUGACAGCUAAACUAGCCGGUGACUAUUUCAUGGAGGGCUUGUAUGAUAUUCACAUAAAGCUGCAGAGUGUACCAUUCCUUCAUUGGGAGCCACCAGCCACGUCACACUCCCUUGCUGCCAGUGGAGUAAUGAGUACACCAGUGACGUGCUUCAAACGUAUAGAGAAGGUUGGAAGAGUAAUGGAUGUCCUGAAUGAUGCACGUACCAACCAUAAUGGUUUCCCUGUAGUUGAAGAUGUACGUGACGAUAAUCAGCCUGGAAGACUUUGUGGACUGAUUCUGCGGUCUCAGCUUAUUGUCCUGCUGAAACACAAGGUGUUUGUUGAGAGGGCACACUCGCUGCUCCGCCAAAGGAAGCUGAAGCUGAAGGAUUUUCGGGAUGCCUAUCCACGUUUUCCUCCCAUCCAGUCAAUCCACGUAUCUCGGGAUGAACGAGACUGCAUGAUGGACUUGACAGAAUUUAUGAACCCAACGCCUUAUACUGUCCCCGAGGACUGUUCUUUUCAACGAGUGUUCCGACUAUUCCGUGCCCUUGGGUUGCGUCAUCUGGUAGUGGUGGAUUCUCGUAACAGGGUGGUUGGAAUUGUAACGCGAAAAGAUCUUGCGAAGUAUCGUGAAAGCAGCCAAGGUCUAGAAGAACUGCAGAUGGCCCAAACCUGAUGUCUCUCUGCCUUCCCAGACAAACCAGUAUGGUGGACUUCCUGAAUUUGCCCAGUAUCUGCUGCAUCCUUCCAGCACUCCGUUUACCUGCCAAACACUGUUAGACUUGAGUCUGCAACUCUGACCAGAUGCUGAGCGUGUCCCUCAUUCUGCAUUCCAGAGUGGCAUGGAUUCUCCUUCUGGGAGCCACCGAUUGAAUUAAGAGUUUGUCUUUGUUUACAUGUUAAAGACAUCUCUGUUUUGUUUUGCACUGUCUGUUUAUGCCUCCUGUUGCUAAUUUACAUCAGCCAAUUUGGAACUGUGCUCAUUUGCAGAUACCUUUUUAUUAAUAUUCCACAGAGUUCCACCUUAUGAACAACAACUUUUUGGAAUUUUUAUUGGUGCCUGAUUAAUCAUGAACUUCAUCGUUUGUUUGUGGGUCAGAGGAGGAGGUAAAUUGUGGUUUACUGUGUCACGGUGUAUGCCUGGAUGGACUUCUGCAGUUAGAAAUAGGUGAUUUACUAAAGUUUGUCAUGUUGCUGUUUUGUACAGGUGACAGUGUGUCUGAAGAGAUUUUAUGGUACAGGCAUUGACAGCUUGGGAUGAAGAGGGAGGUGUACAGCUUAAUUGACGUCACUUUGCACUGGGGUAGCAGUGGCUUAAACUGAAUUAGAAGUUGUUAGUUCAGUACUAGGCUCUCUAAAAAUAACUCUGUGAGCCAAAUUGUUCCAUGUAGCCUGUAGUGGAGCUUGGAGAUCUGUUUUUAAAAUUUUCCAGUAUUUACUUGCUCUGAGCACAGAGCAUCACCUUUCAUUUAUUAGCUUUGAAAAGUAUAUCCAGCCUUCCUCAGGAUUCAAACAAGAAGUUACUCAGGGCCAUAUCACUACAAUAACACCCCCCAACUGCCCAUACUAGACCAGUGGGACAGCUGCUUUAUUUUGUAUUUUAUCUGAACCUUUGUUUUAACAGCAUUGACAUUUCUGUAUAUGUUUGUGUUUGUAUGUUUUAAUCAGUGAAUGUGUUUCGCACAUCUUUUGUUAUGAGAUGGUACCUAAUUAAAGAAUCUGCACAGUUACA